AUGUUUCCUUUGUUUCUUCCGUUUCACUUCCUUCAUUGCUUUUUGUUUUUUUUGCUCUCUAUCUCUCACUCUCUCACUCACUCACUCUCUGUCACUAUCUUUCACACUCUCUCUCACUCUCGCUCACUCUCUCUUUGCGCCAUUCAUUCUGAUUUUUCGUUAUUUUCCCUAGUUUGUAUUUUUGUUGUUUUGAUUACCUUUCUUUCUUUCUUUUUUUCUUUCUUUCUUUACAUGUUUUUAACUUUAACAAUCACUUGUUUUUCUUUCCUUCGUUUCUUUUUCUUUCUUUCUUUCUUUCUUUCUUUCUUUCUUUCUGUCUUUCUUUCUUUCUUUCUUUCUUUCUACCGCUAUUUUAACCUUCCAUCAUCAUUUCAUUAUCUUUCUUUCUUUCUUUCUUUCUUUCUUUUUUCUUUCUUUCUUUCUACCAAUCUUUUUAACCUUCCCUAUCAUUUCAUUUUUUCUUUCUUUCGAUGUAACCUUCCCUAUCAUUUCAUUUUUCUUUCUUUCUUUCUUUCUUUCUUUCUUUCUUUCUUUCUUUCUACUUGUGUUUUAACCUUCCCUAUCAUUUCAUUUUUCUUUCUUUCUUUCUUUCUUUCUUUCUUUCUUUCUUUCUUUCUACUUGUGUUUUAA